AUGAUCGCGAUGCUUUUGGAGUUUGCGGAUUCGGAUUUUCUUCGGUUUUGGAAUGACAAGUUGGAAGAGGAAGGCGAUACGGGGACGCUGCUUACUACGAUCGUCUUCUAUUUCGGGCAAAUGGUACAGGCCGUGCACGCCGUGCAUGCUCGAGGCAUCAUGCAUUUCGACCUCAAGCCUGAGAAUUUCUUACUGGUAGAUGGUCGUGUAAAGCUAGCGGACUUUGGCGUAGCGGGUCAAGUGGGGGAUGGAGAAACGCAUAUUUCGAGGAAUGGCCAAGUCGGUACUACACGUUAUAUGGCACCAGAGCAAAUUUAUCAACCUGAAAGGACCCAGAAUGCGAAUGGGAAACAUCAGCCACUCAUAGUACAUAAACAACCACUAUCACAGAUUAAGGAAUCUGGAAGUGACAGUGGUGGCGCUGGUAGUUCAGGCGGAGGAGGGACUGUAGGAGGAGGAGUAGGCGUACUACCCAAGGGGACUCCUGAUGGGAGAGGAGGAACAGCGAGUUGUAGUGGUUCUGGAGCAGCAGGAGGAGAGCGAGUUAAUGGUAGUGCUCCCGGUGCAAGCAGUGGUAGAGCAUCUGGAGUGAUGAAUGGUAGAAGCAGUCCUGGUGGUGCAAGCAGUUCUAGAGCGUCUGGAGUGAUGAAUGGUAUUCAUAAUUCCAAAGGAGGGCCAGGACUAGCAGCAAAGCCUGGAG